AUGCCGGAGGGUCCACAGGCAGACCUGCCUCCCCUGGCAGCCACCCGAGAAGCAGAGGGUCGGCCUGCCAAGCCGCGACCUGGAAUAAGCUAUGUUCCAGGAGUACCGUCCCAAGAUGGCUUCGACUAUGCCCAGUUUGCCAAGAGGUAUGACGAGCAAGUCAGAAAGCUGCUCACGCGCAUGGGCAAGAACGCAGACUAUAUGGUGACCUAUGCGAAGCAGCAGUGGCAGACCUUUGUCGGCUCAGGGGAGCGCAGGCACUGA